CAAGUCAGUGCGUGGCACAGUCAGAUACGGGCUCUCACGAAAUUCAUGCGAGUCUCUUGUCUGCGUCAAGCUUCCAGGUGGCUUGCUCGGGUGCGCCGGCCGCACGCACUGCUGAUACGUCGUCAGAUGAUGAAUAAAUGCAUCAAUGGUGAAUGUGCCUGAUGCCACGCCUUUGUGUGCCCUCUGUUGCGUUGCUGCUGCUGCAAUUGCCAGGGGUCGGAAAACCGAGCGGACUUUGUUGACUGGUCAACUGCCCUGCUGCAUGCAGCUGAUCGGGCCGCCUGGCUUAAUUCGUGCUCGCGAGGGGAACGCGACCGCCGUGCUGUGGUGCAAAGCGGCUUGGCGUGCACUGCAUGUGCAUGCGCGAGGUGAGUUCGGCAGGCUGCUCUUGCUGGACCAUUCGAUUCACAUUCGUGUUUGCGUGGUCACAUCUCACGAUUCUUUGGCAAGCAAACUAUAAAGAGGCGCGCCCAGUUGCGCGCACACAAUUGAGUAGACGUGCCAUCACGUUUGCACUCAACCCUGCACCCUCCUCGUCAACAACACCCAGCGCCAAGGCAUCUCGCCUUCGCCGUCGCUUGACUUGAUCUCCAUAGCAUCUCUCGAUCUCCAUAGCAUCUCUCG